AUGCGGGGGCUUUCUCUGAAUGACCGCUACGGGCAUGCAGCACCAGGGACUGACGCGGGCAAGGCUUUUUGCAUGUUUUACGCAGUCCUGGGAAUCCCGCUGACUCUUGUCAUGUUCCAAAGUCUGGGCGAGAGGAUGAACACUUUUGUCAAGUACCUCCUGAAGCGCAUCAAGAAGUGCUGCGGCAUGAGGAUCACCGACGUGUCCAUGGAGAACAUGGUGACUGUGGGAUUCUUCUCCUGCAUCGGCACGCUGUGCAUCGGAGCGGCGGCCUUCUCCCAUUACGAGGACUGGAGCUUUUUCCAGUCCUACUACUACUGUUUUAUCACAUUGACAACUAUAGGCUUUGGGGACUUUGUGGCCCUCCAGAAGAACAGGGCCCUGCAGAAAAAGCCCCUGUACGUGGCCUUUAGCUUCAUGUAUAUCCUCGUAGGCCUGACGGUCAUCGGGGCCUUCCUCAACCUGGUGGUGCUCCGCUUUCUGACAAUGAACAGCGAGGACGAGCGGCGGGACGCUGAGGAACGCGCCUCCCUCGCCGGGAACCGAAACAGCAUGAUCAUCCACAUCCAGGAUGAGUCGUUGCACCAUGGCCGCCAGCGCCGCGAGCCGAGCAGGGCGGAGGUGACCGACUUGCAGUCGGUCUGCUCCUGUAUGCACUACCACCCGCAUGACUUUGGCAGCUCCGGGGGAGGGAUGGGAGGUUUAGGCUGUGCCUUCUCCCAUCAAAACUCAUUCAGCCCGCCGCUGAACCCCAAUCAGUACUUUCACUCAGUUUCAUACAGGAUUGAAGAGAUCUCACCCAGCACCUUGAAGAACAGCUUCUUCCCGUCGCCCAUAAGCUCGGUGUCCCCGGGCCUCCGCAGCUUCACAGACAGUCACCAGCUAAUGAGGAGAAGGAAAUCCAUCUAA